CUUCUUCUUCUUCUUCAUCCUCCUCCUCCUGCACACAUUUGUUUCACCUGCUCGCUCGCUGUACAAGCCAUGGUCUGCUGCUUCCUUCGCUACCUACUGCUGAUGACGCUGCUUCUCGCCGUCGCCGGGUCCGACACCGACCCGGGAGACUUAGCCGCCAUGCAGGUCAUCGCCGCCGGCCUGGGAGCUAACCUCUCCCCCUCUCUAGCCUGGUCCCCCUCCGCCGAACCCUGUUCCGCCUGGGCCGGCGUCUCCUGCACCGGCGGCCGCGUCACGGCCAUCCGGGCCGGCAACUGCAGCCUCUCCGGCUCCCUACCCUCCGCCGUUCGCAGUCUCACCGCCCUGACCCGCCUCGAGCUCCAGCAGAACAGCCUCUCGGGACCCCUCCCCUCCCUUGCCGGCCUCGCCGCCCUCCAGGUCCUCCUCCUCCACGGCAACAGCUUCUCCUCCCUUCCGGCCGACUUCUUCACCGGCCUCACCUCACUCGAGUCCGCCUUCAUUGACAACAACCCCCUCGCCCCCUGGUCCCUUCCGGACUCCCUCCGCGACGCCGCCGCCCUCGUCAACUUCUCCGCCAACUUCGCACGCGUCUCCGGCCCCCUCCCCGCCUUCCUCGGCACCGCCUUCCCCGCCCUCGACCACCUCGGCCUCGCCUUCAACCUCCUCUCGGGCCCAGUCCCCGCCGCCUUUGCCGCUACCCCGCUCCGCUCCCUCUGGCUCAACAACCAGCAGGGCGCCGCCCGCUUCUCCGGCAGCAUCUCCUUCGUCGAGAACAUGACCGCCCUUGAGGAGCUCUGGCUCCACUCCAACGACUUCUCCGGCCCGCUGCCGGACUUCUCCCAGCUCACCCGCCUGCGCGACCUCCAGCUCAGGGACAACCGCCUCACCGGCGUCGUCCCCAGGUCCUUGACCCAGCUCCCGUCGCUGAGCAACGUUACCCUCACCAAUAAUCUGCUGCAGGGGCCCGUGCCCGUCUUCCCGAGCUCGGUGAAGGAAGUCAACGUAGACCCCAAAGGCGAGCGCUUUUGCCUUCCGAAUCCCGGCGACUGCGAUCCCCGCGUGACAGUCUUGCUAUCUGUUGUGAAAGACUUCGGCUAUCCUGCUAGGUUUGCCGAGAAUUGGGUGGGUAAUGAGCCCUGCGGGUGGUUGGGGAUCAGCUGUGACGACGGUGGCAACAUCACGGUGAUCAACCUUCAGAAGAUGGGUCUGAAUGGGACGAUAUCGCCGGACUUUGGAUCGAUUGCAUCACUGCAGCGGCUGCUGCUGUCGAACAACAACCUCACCGGGACAAUUCCAGCUUCACUCGCAAGCUUACCAUCUCUCAGGCAAUUGGAUGUGUCGAACAACAACUUAUGGGGGCAAAUUCCGAGCUUUAGCAAGAAUGUAUUGGUGAACACUGCAGGGAAUCAGAACAUUGGGAAGGAUUUGACCGGUUAUAGCAAUUCAAAUCCAAAUGUGUUAUCUGAUGCAAGUAGCAGCCACAAUGGCCAUCCUUCCUCUGUUCCUGUGAGUGUUAUUGUAGUUUCAGUGAUUGCUGUGGUGGUCGGAAUUAGUCUUGCUGUGGUGUUGGGUUUCUGCUACUACAAGAGAAAGCUGCAACAGCGCAGCAGAGUUCAGAGUCCAAACACGACCGUGAUACUCCCACGGCAUUCGCGAUCCGACCCAGACACGAUUAAGAUCACGGUCGCAGGAUCGAGCGUUGAUGAUGGCACGACUUUGGGCAAUGUCCAUGUUGUGGAGACUGGGAACAUGGUGAUCUCGAUUCAAGUCCUUAGGAAUGUGACCAACAAUUUCAGCGAGGAGAACAUAUUAGGUCGUGGUGGAUUUGGAACAGUGUACAAGGGUGAGCUGCAUGAUGGCACCAAGAUUGCAGUCAAGAGGAUGGAUGCAGGUGUGAUGGGGACAAAGGGCCUAAAUGAGUUCAAAUCAGAAAUCUCAGUUCUCACAAAGGUCAGGCAUCGGAAUUUGGUGUCUCUGCUUGGGUACUGCUUGGAUGCAAACGAGAGGCUUUUGGUCUAUGAAUACAUGCCUCAAGGGACGCUAAGUUGCCAUCUUUUCGAAUGGAAGGAAUCGGGGUUGAAGCCAUUGGAAUGGAAGAAGAGACUAAGUAUCGCAUUGGAUGUGGCAAGGGGGGUGGAGUAUUUACACAGUUUGGCACAACAGAGCUUUAUCCACAGGGAUCUGAAGCCUUCUAACAUUCUUCUUGGGGAUGAUAUGAAGGCUAAGGUUGCGGACUUUGGACUCGUUCGACUUGCGCCAGAUGAGAAAGGCUGCUCUGUCCAGACGAGAGUCGCGGGGACAUUCGGUUAUCUUGCGCCGGAGUAUGCAGUUACUGGGCGUGUGACCACAAAGGUUGAUGUGUUUAGCUUUGGAGUGAUACUGAUGGAGCUGAUCACUGGUAGAAAGGCGCUGGAUGAGAGCCAACCCGAGGAGAAUGUGCACUUGGUGACGUGGUUUUGGAGGAUGCUGCUUAACAAGGAUGCAUUUCACAAGGCCAUCGAUCCCACCAUCGACCUCGAUGAGGAUACCUCAGCUAGCAUCAGCACUGUUGCGGAGCUCGCUGGCCACUGCUGUGCUCGAGAGCCUCACCAAAGGCCGGACAUGAGUCACGCAGUCAAUGUUCUCUCGUCACUCGCAGAGCUCUGGAAGCCUUCAGAUCCAGACUCAGAGGAAAGCUACGGCAUCGACCUCGACAUGACACUUCCGCAAGCACUAGAGAAAUGGCAGGCAUUGGAGGACCGCAGCCAUGUGGAUGGAGCCACGACCUCAUUCCUCGCUAGCUUGGACAACACCCGCACCAGCAUUCCGACAGGGCCACCAGGCUUUGCGGAUGCUUUCACUUCGGCUGAUGGAAGAUGAGAGAGAAAUGAGUUGUACAAGAAACUCAAGUUUCAACCAAAGGUUUGUCCAUUCACUUUGUUUCUUCUUUGGCUAUGAUUUGUUCCUUUUCUUUUUUCCUUCUUUAAUCAUGUAUUGUGAUUUUUAGCAGAACCACCCAGAAGAAUAUACCAAGAUAUGUUUUGAUUUUUGGCUAGACAAGUUGGAUGAAUGGAUAGAAAUAAUGAUAUUGCAUGUAACAGAACCAACAUGUCUCACUCUACAAACAAUGAUGUAUUGUUGAAGAGGAUUAUACCAUGCAGAUUGAGAGAGGUUAA